AUGGAUUUGGAAGUGCUGCCUUCGCGCCACCCGCUCGUCGACGAUUUUCGUCCUCAUCGGAUUAUUACGCUCAACGGCUACGAUGUCGAAGACAUCGAGAACGCCUUUGACAACACUAGAGGCCUUUGCCGCCCCUUUACGUUUCUACGAGAGAUGGCCCACAGUCGUAUCUGUGUAGCCGAGGAUAUGUUCUCCUGGAAAACUCAUCAGAAGAGCAUCAUUAUGUCAAUUAAGGAGGCUCUGGACGCGGCUAUGAUUGAUGAGGAGGCCUUGGAUCGCGAGACCGGCCCUGCGCCAAUUGUCAUUGACCCCGCCACCUUCAAGUGCAGGGGACAUUAUGCCGCGAAAAGAAUCCACGCGGCCGAAGAUCUUUGCCCGUGGGCGAAGAUCAAGCAAGAUGUCUCGAUCAGCUGCAAGGUGGCUGUGGAUCGUGAUGAUCCCGCUCAGCAGCUGUUUUACUUCAGCGCUUUAAACUACAAGAAUGGUACGGAGUUCAUGCGCUUCCUCGCCAUAGACGGCUCGGUCCAUUUGGGGGACUGCAUCGGCGAGAUCGCGAUGCAAGAGGACUGGAUGCGACCUGUGGCGCAUCCAGGCCUGGGGCGCAGGAGAAACAACUGGUUUGGUACUCUUGAGGAAGACUCCAUUGGCCUCCGAGUCUACGGCAUUAAGACCUCGUUGACAAACUCAGAUCUUGACCGCGUUAAGCGGUAA